GGGCGAGAGCUCUGAGUUCCGGUAUAAGAGAAAGAGACGUGGCGAAAUUGCUGUAAAUCUGUGCCCUAUAAGCACAUUUUUCCUUUGCACUGAAAGGAAGCAAGACAUCGAAAAGGGUGAAACCUCUUCAAAUGUGUUUUUAGAGGCAAUGGGAACCGAUCGUGCUGAUUCAAACCGUUUACCCCUAAGGGGAGUGGGGGUGGGGAUUACGUACUAGUAUUGCUGUGUCUUGCAAUUUGCGGCGGCAUUAUACUAGCAGUGGAAUUGUAGCGAGCAGUGGAAGGCUAAAGCAGCUUUAUGAAUGUUAAUACUCUAUGGUUUUUCCUUUUUUCCUCCUUUCAGCUGCGCAAACCAUGCAGGAUGAUUUACUGAUGGACAAAAGCAAAGUCCAGCCUCAGCAGCAGCAGCGGCAAGAUCCAAACGCAGCAGAAGCUCCUUCUACACCCAUAACGUCAGAGACACCCAAAUCGGAGGACAGUCCGGUGACUAGCAUCGGCUCAGCAGCUCCUGCCCAAAAUAGCAAAGAAAAGAUGCAAAUGGAGUCUCCCAUCUUGCCGGGCUUAAGUUUCCACCAGCCUCAGCAGGAGCCUACAGCCGGCACGUCCUUGUCUCCCUCCUUCGGAAGCACUUGGUCUACAGGGACCACAAACGCAGUGGAUGAUAGCUUUUUUCAAGGGAUUACCCCAGUUAAUGGGACAAUGCUUUUCCAAAAUUUCCCUCAUCAUGUCAAUCCUGUUUUUGGAGGCACUUUCUCCCCCCAGAUUGGCCUAGCUCAGACUCAGCACCACCAACAACAGCAGCAGCAGCAACAACAAGCACAGCAGCAGCAAAGGAGGUCACCGGUCAGCCCUAAUCAGGCAUCUUUUGCCCAGAGAAAUGCUGCUUACAGCCAUCAGCCCAUCAUGACCAGCAAACCUUCUUCCUCUUCCACUUCCACCUCUUCUCCUUCCAGCUGGAAUAACCAUCAGAAUGCAGCUUGGAGUACACCUUCCAAUCCUUGGGGUGGGCUGCAAGCUGGCAGAGACCCUCGAAGGGCAGUAGGUGUGGGAGUUGGUGUGGGAGUUGGAGUUGGUGUGCCAUCCCCACUCAAUCCCAUUUCACCUCUUAAAAAGCCCUUUUCUACCAAUGUUAUUGCCCCACCGAAAUUUCCCCGGGCUGCUCCUCUAGCUCCAAAAUCCUGGAUGGAAGACAAUGCCUUCAGGACAGACAAUGGCAAUAAUCUAUUGCCUUUUCAGGACCGGAAUCGGCCCUAUGAUACUUUUAACUUGCACUCUUUGGAAAACUCAUUAAUGGAUAUGAUAAGGACUGAUCAUGAACCUCUUAAAGGUAAACACUACCCUCCCAGUGGCCCACCAAUGAGUUUCGCUGAUAUAAUGUGGAGGAAUCAUUUUACAGGUCGUAUGGGUAUAAAUUUUCAUCAUCCAGGAACAGAUAACAUUAUGACACUCAAUACCAGAAGCUAUGGGCGGAGACGAGGUCGAUCUUCACUAUUUCCUUUUGAAGAUGGCUUUCUGGAUGACAGUCAUGGUGACCAGUCUUUAUCAUCAGGGCUCAACUCCCCAACCCGCUGUCAGAAUGGUGAAAGAGUCGAACGCUAUUCUAGGAAGGUGUUUGUUGGAGGUCUGCCUCCUGACAUUGAUGAAGAUGAAAUCACUGCUAGCUUUCGUAGGUUUGGACCUCUCGUGGUGGACUGGCCUCACAAAGCUGAAAGCAAGUCAUAUUUUCCACCUAAAGGUUAUGCUUUUCUGCUAUUCCAGGAAGAAAGCUCUGUUCAAGCUCUGAUAGAUGCCUGUUUAGAAGAAGAUGGUAAACUUUAUUUAUGUGUAUCAAGUCCCACUAUUAAGGACAAACCAGUACAAAUUCGACCUUGGAAUUUAAGCGACAGUGACUUUGUAAUGGAUGGUUCUCAACCUUUAGACCCCAGAAAAACUAUUUUUGUGGGAGGAGUUCCACGACCCCUUCGAGCUGUUGAACUAGCUAUGAUUAUGGAUCGUUUGUAUGGAGGCGUCUGCUAUGCUGGCAUUGAUACAGACCCAGAGUUAAAGUACCCCAAAGGUGCUGGUAGAGUGGCUUUCUCCAAUCAGCAGAGCUAUAUUGCUGCUAUUAGUGCACGCUUUGUCCAGCUCCAGCACAAUGACAUCGAUAAACGGGUGGAAGUAAAGCCAUACGUGCUUGAUGAUCAGAUGUGUGAUGAAUGCCAGGGUACUCGCUGUGGCGGAAAAUUUGCCCCGUUCUUUUGUGCCAAUGUUACCUGCUUGCAGUAUUACUGUGAAUACUGUUGGGCAAGUAUUCAUUCUCGGGCUGGACGAGAGUUCCACAAGCCGCUUGUGAAGGAAGGAGGUGACCGGCCACGCCAUGUGCCCUUCCGUUGGAGCUGAGGUCCGGGCUGAAGGCCAGCAGUACUGGAGCCAACUGGAUUGAAGGGGAAAGGAGUGAUGCCUCAGGGCUUUUGUGUUCUGGAAAUCUGUGCAUUCAUCCUUGACUUUAAUGAAGAGAUGGGUCCUUUUAUUAUGAUGAUGGUUAUGAUUAUAAUGAUGAUUAUGAUUAUUUACAGUCACAUUACUGAACACUAUGUCCAGUAUAAUACAAGCCUAGCAGAGUGUAACUGUACUGAUUUUGCACUUUGAUUCACACAAACAUCUGCUUGGUACCUUAAUUUCUCACCUGAGACUUAUCACGGCUAACAAUAAGUAGACUGCUAUGGUCAUCAGCCUCCACUAGGUUGGUGUAUAUGUGAUUAAGGUUUUUUUUUAAUUAUGUACUUUUAUUUUAAAACUGGAGCAUGCACUUAUUUUCAGAAACUUUGAUUUGCCCCUAGCACAUGAUUUACCAAAGGUAACACUCACAAGUAGGUGACAGAUGUAGCAAAAAUUUACAAUGGAUAUUCAGCAAUCAUUCAGAGUAGGAAAACCCUAAACAAUCUUUAGUUGCUCUCUAUUUUUACUGAAAAGGAUGAUACCUCAUAAGCCGGAUCACAUUUUCUCCACCCCCAACCCCCCCCCCCCAUCCCUUUUCUGUUUUGCUGAGGGUUUCCUAUUUGUUUAGGCCUUUUAGUGUUAUGUAAAUGUAUGCUGCAAUAGCUUUUGCUGCUAUUAAGAUGGUAUUACUAAUACCACAUUACUCUAUUCAAGCUAGGGUAUCAUUUAAAAAGAUAAUUAUGUGAUUUAAAACAGUGAUGGCUGCUGAAAGAAGAUCAGUAGAGCAUUCAGAAAGCUUCCAAGGAAGGUCAAUAGUUUUGACUGCAUGUUUAAUCAGGUUGACGCAUGCAAUAAUUUUUUUUAUAGAUGUCUAAUACAAAAAUCUGCCCACAGUGCACCAAUUAAGAUUCUAUGUAGGCUGCAAAGUACUCAAUAAAAUAAUUUAAAACACACACACGCAUAUACGCACAGGUUACUGACUGGAGGAAGGCAUGUCAAAGUCUAUGUAGAUGCUUCUGAAGUUAAAAUCAGCCCAUAGCCGUAUCACCUAUAUCAUGACAAGAUUUUUUAAAAAAGAAUAGAUGUAGAAAUAUCCUUAAGCAGAUUUGUGAAUGAUAGACGAAGUACUUUGCGGUGCUCUGUUCUAU